UUGAUCCAAAAGGGGUCAUAUUCCAUAUCCGCGCUUAUUUUUGAGAUGGAAAGCAUUGCAUUUGAUUGCCUUUUUUAAUCUCGUUUUUCCCAUAAAAUUACCUAACUAGAUUAGUUAUACGUCUAAGACUCUUAAACUUAACUAUGUCUAAAAAAUUACCUUUUAAAAUAUUGCACAUGUCAGGAUGUGAUGAUGGAUAUCAUGCAAAGGAAUUGGAGGUACAUAGUCCUACAACUAAGGGAUGGCAAUCUUCACGAUUUUGUGUUUAUCCACAAGAAAUAAUACUUUGUUUAAAAGACCCAUCUUCUGUUUCAAAAAUUCAAAUUUUGUCCCAUCAAUAUAAUAUUUCAUCAAAGAUUGAAAUAUUUAUAUCCCUCCCAACACAACCUGGCAUGAAAUCUUUGGUUGGUUGCAAAUUUAAAAGACUUGGCUAUGUUCAAAUGUCAACAAAUGAAGGAACUAAUUUUAAGGCUCGAGAGUUGAAGUCUGUGCAUCUAAAUGCAGAUGGGCAACUGGUAAAACUUUUAAUCCAUAAGAAUCAUGUCAACAAAUUAAAUUUAUAUAACCAGGUUUGUAUUGUAGCCGUUAACAUUCUUGGUCAUUCACUGGCACACGAAUAUAAUUUAGUUGAUAAAUUAAAUUCAAAUAAAGAUGACCUGAUUACCUUUUAUAUGAACCAAUCAAAUCAUGUAAAUAAUGAAAGUGGUUUGAACGAAGCUCCUAUACCCUAUGCGCGAUAUGAAGAAGGAAAAGUUAUAUCUCCUUUUGAUGACCUUGCAUUUGAUAUGUAUCAGGAUCCUGAGACUGCACAACUUAUUCGAAGAUUGGAAACUAAAAAACACAAAGCUGUAUUAGAAGAAAGAUUUGAUUAUGCAAAAAAGUUAAAACAAGCAAUUGCAGAUUUAUAUAAGGUUGGAGAGAAGCUUGGAAAAUUCGAAGUGGACAAAAAAAGAGCCAUUGAAAUGGAGAAUUACGAUCUUGCAAAAUCGAAAAAGGUCCAAGGAGAUGAAUAUAGGCUAAAUGUUUAUAAACAAUUAGAUAUUGUGGAUUUGCUUGAACUAAACAAAGAAACAAAUGCCAACAAUCCAGAAAAAAAGAAACCAACCAAUUUUAAAGAAAAAAAUGACGAUUUAAUACCAAUACCGACGAAGCCAUCUCAUCACUCAGAAAUAAAACUUCCUCCAGUUACACAAAGCGGCAUGAAAAUGGUGACACCUAUGAAAGUAGAAAGUAGCAUCACAAUUCCGAACAUUUCACCGAGUAGAACUAGUCCUUUUUCUCAAGAUGAAUCUGUUGAUAGAUUUGAAGAACGACCACUACCAGCUCUAAAGGGAAAGCAGCAACCUCUUUUAGUUGAUGAUGAAGAUUCCCCAAAACACGACGAAGAUUUAGAUUUACCAGUGCUGAGUGAAAAAGAAGAACGGGAAUUUAGUUUGAUAAUUGAUGUUUUUGGCAUGAAUAUGGCAAAGCAACUGCAUUCGAAAUCCUGGAAGCAUCGCGAAGAGUCAUUAACCUUGUUAAACACAGAACUUACAAAUCCUACAGAAUGGACUACUGAGCAUACACCAAAAGAAGUAACACAAGCUGUUGUGACUGUGUUGAAAAAAUCAUUACAGGAUCAAGUGUUGGUGGUUUUGAAUAGCAGUAUAACAUUGAUGAAAUCUUUGUUGUCCACUUAUAUACCUCAAAACCAAAAGGAACUUGGAAAACAUGGGUUAAGUCGUGCAUUAGAACGACUGUUACCAGUUAUACUAAAGCGAACUGGAGACCUUGUUCCCAGAUCUCGCAAUUUAAUGAUUGAUACUACUAUUCAAUUGGCUAAUGAACCGGGACUAAAGGAUUUGGGUAUAAUACAAAAUACAGUGUCUGAACCCAUCAAAGCAAAGAAAAAUGCACCUUGGAGAUUACUAAAAAGUCAAAUUGAUAUUAUGCAAGCACUGAUUAAAGAGCUUGGUGUUGACAAACAAGGUGGUUUUACGACCAGUCGUAUUAUGAAAGUUUUAAAAGCUGCCUUAGAACAUCCCAACAACACAGUUCGUGAUGCUAGUGUGAAUUGCAUACUAGAAGUCUACAAAAUCGUGAAGACGCCUUUGAAAUCGCACUUUCCUCCCGACGAACCUGCUACGCGAAAAAACCCUUUAUACGUUAAAUUGUUUGAUGGAUUUGAUCGUGCUGAUGGAAAAUUAACUGAAUCUGAAAGAAAGCUUGCUGCAAAGAAACAAAAGGAAGAAGAAGAAAAGAAUAAAGCUGAAGAAAUAAAAGCCUUGCAAGAACAACUUCAAAAUCUUCGUUCAAUGGCCAAUGCACAGGUAGAGAGUGAACUUGGUGAUAAAAACGACAAUCAAGCUCAACUACAAGAGAGUACCGCAAGUUGGAAGGUACGCAAUUCAAUAAAGAAAGGUGGUAAAGAACCAGCGCGACGUGAAAGUAAAUUAAAAACACCAAUAAAAAGAGACGGAAGCAAAGCAAGCGCCGGUACUGAUAAAGUUUGUAUAUUUUGUGGUGAACAAAAUGAAGAUUUUUCAGAGGGAGGACUUGAUGUUCAUUACUGGAAGAGCUGUCCGAUGUUGAAUAGAUGUGAGAGCUGUGCACAGGUAGUGGAAAUUUCUACAGUGCGUGAACACUUAGUGAGCGAAUGUGAGAAAAAGAAUGAAUAUAUGCGAUGUAAAGUUUGCAAUGUGGUUGUCGAGAAGUCAAACGAGAAAACACAUCUCGAUAGUGAAAAAUGUAAAGCAUCGAGUGAUAAUUCAGAAGAUACCGUGUGUCCACUAUGUAACACGGUUCUCCCUGAAGGUGAUGAUUGCUGGAAGACACAUUUGAUGGAACAAUGCAAGCCUAAUCGCGAACGCUUACAGCGAAAUAAAGCUAAUAAACCUUUAAAAGAAAACAUGAAGACAAAAUCUGUUGGGCGUGUUGCAAGUCGACUGGGGGGUAUUUCGCGUGGGCGUGGUAAAUCAACAAGCAAACUUCCAACAAGAACUCCCAACAAGAAGAAAUAAUCUCUUUAUUUAUCUCAACAACAGAAAGAAAUAUUCAAGCUGGGCAAGUUAUUCGAUAUUGACAAUAAAACAUUUGUUUACCGUAUCUAAAACAUGUUACAAAUGAACGCAAAACAUUAAAACGUAAAAUAUAUUUCAAAUAUAAAUAUUUUUAAUAUUAAUAGACUGGAUCCAAUUGUCAACCGCGUGUUGUUGUUUUUUCUGAGGUUCAAAGGAGUGGUGUCAUGAUGUCUAAUACUUUUUCUAAAGGAAAGAAAACAACUUAGUUUCCAAUCCUCUGUGUAUAAAGUGAGGCAUCGCUUUUCGUUGUCGUUUUCAUAAUGUGUAUAUAGAUAUUUUUGUAUAGUAUCAAGUAAAAAAAGAAAAGCUUAAUUUUGUCAGAUAUUUAUAUAUUGUGUAUUAUAUAUUCUUUAUUUGUAGAAAGAUAAUCAUACUGAAAAUACUGUUAAAAAGCAUGUCUAAAAUUUUGUUCACAUCUUAU